AACAAAAGAAUUUCCACGCAAUAUCCACAACACCUCGAGGCACCACCACAAUGCAGCCAUGAUCACUUCCUUCCUCCCCCUCCCCUCCCUUCUCUCCACCACCACCUCCGGCCGCUCCCUUCCGCCCCGCGCCACCCUCCCCUUCCCCAGAACCCCAUUCCGCCACCGCCAGAUCCGCACCUCCGUGUCGACGGAAAGCAGCAGCGAAGGCGAGGAGGAGCGCGGCAGCACGAACGGCUCGCUGCUGGGCCUGCCGCCCGUGGAGGAGGAGGAGGACGAGUUCUGCCCGGUGGAGUGCGUGACGGAGUUCAAGACGGACGAGGAGUUCACCCGCUUCCUGGAGCGGUCCAAGGCGACGGGCGCGCUGGUGGUGGUGGACUUCUUCCGGGCCUCGUGCGGCAGCUGCAAGUACAUCGAGCAGGGAUUCAUGAAGCUCUGCAAGGGCUCCGUCGACGACGACUCCCCCGUCGUCUUCCUCAAGCACAACGUUAUCGACGAGUACGACGAGCAGUCGGAGGUGGCAGACCGGCUGCGCAUCAAGGUGGUGCCACUGUUCCAUUUCUACAAGGACGGGGUUCUGGUGGAGUCCUUCGCGACGAGGGACAAGGAGAGGAUCAUCGCCGCCAUUGCCAAGUACACCUCACCUGAGCCGGAGUCGCAAGAGUGAUUUCCACUACAGCUACAUACAUAAGACUCAAGAGCUAGCUAGACCGGUCUGAUGCUCUUUCGCCUGAGUUAUGCUGCCCAUCUCUGCAGAAACUAAAUGAGCGUGUAUUCUAAUAGGGAGGAUUGGAAUUGAUUGUAAUAAAGCAGAGCGCGUAUCAUUGAAAUUGCUCUGUACUACAAAGAGAUCCAUGAGAAAUUAAUUGAGAAUGGUGGGAUGGUCAUCUCACAUCUA